AAUGGGGAGAGGAAAGAUUGUCAUCAAAAGGAUUGACAACUCGACUAGCAGGCAAGUGACUUUCUCCAAGCGAAGAAAUGGGUUGCUCAAGAAGGCCCGGGAGCUUUCCAUCCUUUGCGAUGCAGAAGUUGGACUUAUUGUCUUCUCCAGCACCGGCAGGCUCUACGAUUUUGCCAGCUCUAGCAUGAAAUCUGUUAUUGAACGAUACAACAACUUAAAAGAGGAACACCAUCGGCUGCUGGAUCCUGCUUCGCAAGUUAAGUUUUGGCAAAGGGAGGCAACAAGCUUGAGGCAGCAACUGCAAUAUGUGCAAGAAUGCAACAGACAUCUAAUGGGCCAAGAACUUUCUAGUUUGAGUAUCAAAGAUCUACAAUAUUUUGAAAACAUACUUGAAAUGAGUUUGAAGGGUAUCCGUAUGAGAAAGGAACAAAUUUUCACCGAAGAAAUAAAAGAACUAAACCAGAAGGAAAAACUUACCCAUCAAGAAAACCUUGAUUUGCAUAAGAAGGUAAACAUAUUUCGUAAAGAAAAGGCAGAGCUGCAAAACAAGGUCUACAAAGAAAGAGAAGUAAAUGACAUUCAUGCAGCCAUCCAUCUCCAGCUAAGCCAACCUCAGUCUCAACAUAAUGAAGCACAAGCAAAAGGACUGAAAUUGGGACUACAAUUGCAACAAUGAAGUUGGUCGACAACUGGGGAUGGCUAUCCAUCAUUAUCCCAUCAACAACUUGCUACAAUGGAAAAUUAAGCUUCUACCAAUGAGGCCUCAUAUUUCAGCUAUUGGUAAAAUACAUUCACC